UGUUUGUCCUUGUUUAGAGUGAUGGGGAGACGAUAGUCAUAGAGUCAUGACAUGCUCCUUCCUGUGGGCCGGGAUCCUGAUUCCUGAGGAGCCACCCACGCAGCCUCAAGUUCUCCCCAUAUCCCAGACUUCUGCAACUUGCUCACAAGUGAAGAGUAAAGAGCCAUUCUUCACAAGGGGAAAAAAUGGAAAGUGGCUUAAGAGCCCUGGGAUAGGAACACCUCUCUACAACUGCUCCCUCAGUCAUUCUUAUAAUGGCAGCAGGCCCUUGAGCUCUAAGCCCCUGUUGUUCCCUCUCCCCUGAUGACUCAGUCACUCUGCACUCACUACAUGCUCACAAUAGUAACACUCCUAGGUUAAGCCAGAGCCAGGAUUGAAUGGAGGGAACCAGGAAAGGAGGAGUGCUUGCCCAGCAAUCCAUGGCAACUCCACAACACACCUGCAGGUCAGGCCGGCCACGAAAAGACUGUGACAGCUCGGAGGCCAAAGGCUGCAUGUGAUUCAGGGUGCCUGUGGGAGUUUCGGGAGAAGAGCGCUGCCAUCGUAGCACCGAUUCUAGAAGUAGGGCCACAGUCCAAAAGCAGAAGGUGGAAGGAGCUUCCCAAGUCACCUGCACCUAGCCUCAGCCUGUCGUGGGAUUUUGUGCCAGCCAUUCUAGGAGCAGCCCUUAACCCUCUAAGCACCUAGGAAUCCACACAGCCCUGGGCUACCUGAUUCACCUGUCUCAAAAACACAGCUCGCAGGUCCAUGGCUGGUAGGCCUGUGCCCCCCAGACGUCAGGAGGAACAGACUGCCAAAGACCCUGGGAUGAGACUAUCGCCAGUGCGGCCUCCAGGACGCCUGCCCAGCAUUGAUGAGGCCGGACCAGCAGGUCUGGGCCCAGCUUCCCGCCGCGGCUCCGUGCUGGGUUUGGCCUCAUCCUUUUCCCGUCGCAACUCGCUGGCUGGACCAGGCGCGGGUCCUGGGGGUCGGCGACCAUCCCUGUGCCCAGUGCCCCCUUUAGUCUCGCGGGUCAGCUUCUCCGGGUUGCCCCUGGCGCCCAGCCGGCGAAUGGCGCCCUCAUAUCGCACGGAGCCGGCGCCUGGGGAGCGCUGGGAGGUCGAGAGAGCACAACGUGCCUUGGAAGAGACCCUGGCCGCAGAGCUGCAGGACAUAUGCUACUCUGACACCGAGGCGGGGCCACUGGCGCUGCAGCUGUGCGAGCUGGUGCAUGUGCGCCUGCGUGAACUCAGCCCGCCACGAUACAAGCUGGUGUGUAGUGUGGUGCUGGGGCCGCGCAUCGGCCAGGGUGUGCACGUCGUCAGCCGCGCGCUCUGGGACGCAGCGUGCGACGGCCUGGCCUCCGCCACCUUCACCAACGCCUCGCUUUUCGCAGUGGCUACGGUCCACGGGCUCUACUGCGAGUGAUGAGGCCUCCAAGUUCUGCAA